AUGAUUAAAGGCAAACCAGUAGUGUUUGUCGGUGGUGGACCAGGAAGUGGUAAAGGAACACAAUGUGAGAAAAUGAUUGAAAAAUAUGGUUUUACACAUUUAUCAGCUGGUGAUUUAAUCCGAGCAGCUGCACAAGAUUCAACAACAGAAAAAGGACGUUAUUUUAAUGAAGUUAUGUCACAAGGGAAACUUAUUUCUACAGAAGAUAUUCUUGGUCUACUUAAAGAUGCAAUUUAUAAUAGAGCCAGUAAAGCUUCCGGAUUUUUGAUAGACGGAUUUCCGCGUCGAGUUGAUCAAGGCAUUCAAUUCGAAAAAGAUGUUGUUCCAUGUGAUAUUUUCAUUUAUUUCGAUGUACCAGAUAAUAUUAUGAUUGAACGAUUAGUAAAACGUGGUGAAACAAGUGGUCGAAUUGAUGAUAAUAGAGAAACAAUUACAAAACGUUUAACAACAUUUCAUGAAGAAACAACACCUGUUUUAACUCAUUAUAAAGAUCAAAAAAAAUUAGUAACUAUUGAUGCAAAUCGAAAACCAGAUGAAGUCUUUACUGAUGUAUCACAAGCAUUAAAACAGCUUAUGGGACAACAUGAAGUAGUAAUUGAACGAAAACCUGAAUUAGAUAAACUAAAAAAUUCAAAGAUCAUCUUUGUUGUUGGCGGACCAGGAUCCGGUAAAGGUACACAAUGUGAACGAAUUGUUCAAAAAUAUGGUUAUACACAUUUAAGUACUGGUGAUCUUCUUCGCGAAGCUGUUCAAUCAAAAAGUGAACGUGGUGAACAACUCAAUGCAUUAAUGAAAGAAGGCAAAUUAGUACCAAUGGAAGUUGUCCUCGAUUUACUCAAAGAAAAUAUGAUUAAAAAUGCUGACAAAUCAAAAGGUUUUCUUAUCGAUGGAUAUCCACGUGAAGUUCCACAAGCUCAGAAAUUUGAAGAAUUAAUUGCUCCAUGUAAUCUUGUUCUUUAUGUCAAAGCAGGUGAUGAUACCAUGACAAAACGAUUAUUACAUCGUGGUCAAACAUCAGGUCGAGUUGAUGAUAAUGAAGCAACAAUUAAGAAUCGUUUAACAACAUUUCACAAUCAAACAUUACCUGUUUUAGAUUUAUAUGAAAAACAAGGCAAAUUAGCUGAGGUCAAUUCAGAAUUAGCACCGGAUGAAGUUUUUAAUGAAGUACGUGCUGUACUUGAUAAACUUGCUUAA